GGCGCUCCUGGCGCUACGCAAGCUGCGGGCCCUAACCGCAGCCCCCGGCCGCGAAACGGCGUCCAGGCGCCGUCGAGGCUGCCUGCAGCCCGAAUACGCAGGCGCUGCGCCCCGCCGUCGUCGCGCGCGCGAGUAAACCUGGGUGUCGGACAGCAUGUCCGACGCCGGUACGACGCCGGCGCCGGACGCGACGGACCCCGACGACGACGACGCGGUCUGCGACGCGCCCGGCGUCUUGCUGCGACAGGGCCGCGGCUACGCUACGGUACCGCCCUUCCUUGCCGAGGCCCCGUGGCCCGCCGCUUCCAAGCUCUGCCACCUGUCUCUAUCCGCAAACAAGCUCACUUCUUUGUCUACACUACGAUCGUUGCCGCACCUGCAAGUUUUAGAUGUCUCGCGCAACGCCCUCGAGUCUCUGGACGGCGUCGCGCAACUGAGUAAUCUGCGCGUACUACAAGCACAUGAGAAUAGGAUCGGCAAGCGCGAGCGGUGCACCUUACCAUUACAAGAACUCGACUUCCUCGAGGAGCUCUGGCUCGGCAGUAAUGAAAUAGAGGCCCCGUCCGAAUUGCUGUGUCUGGAGCACGUAGCGACACUACGAGUGCUGGAACUCGGACCGAAUCCAAUACAAGACGCGUCCGAGUUGGGCGACUACCGGUCCUUUGUUGUGUCCUUAUUUCCUCGACUGAGGUGGUGCGACGGCAAUCCCGUGACGGUGGAGGAUCGUACAGAAGCGGACGCCUUCUCCAGUAGUAAGGCGGGCGAGGUCGCGCGGCACCGGUUGCGCGCGGACGAGCGGAGUCGGGAGCUGCACAACCGCAAGAUCGAGUCCGCAAUGAAGACGCCGGCGCCCGCCGCCUCGUCGCGGACGCCCUCGGUGACGGCGACGCCGACGCCCGCCGCCCCGAGGCUGGUCUCGGGGUCGCGAGUUACGGAGUCGAGCCGCUCGGCGGAACCGACAACGGCGCCGACGCCGGCCUCGGACGCGGACGACCUGCCCGCGCUGAAGCGGAGCCCGUCUCCUGUACAACCGCGCCCUCGGCGCCUGCCGAGCGACGACAUGUCGCUCGCCGACGCCGUCGCGGGCCUCGACACUAAAAAACCGCGAGAAAAACCGAAACGUAGAAGAAGGAAGAAGCCCAAGUCGCCUCCUUUGCCGCCCAUCGUGCAGGACGCCACCAGGACAACGUGGCCCGCGGCACCCUCGAAAUUUACCCCCUACGAGGCCUCCUACAAGAGCGGCAAGACCAUUGCGGUGGCGGGCCACGCCGACGGUUCGGUGGUCUGCAGAUGGCCUAGAGGAGGCGUCUCCGUCGCGUCGGACGCGCAGUGUCUGCGCUGUUUUUACGAGACCGGUCAACUCGCGCUGGUCGCGGACGCGCGCGGCGCCGUGGCCGUGACAAGACGAGAUGGAAGGACCGUAUUGGCGUUGCAUGCUUCUGGGGGUGGUUUUCGAGGCGACGACAAAGGGAGUUGUGCGGAGGCGUGGGCGUCCGCGAGAGACGCGCCGCAGCAGCCGCUGUUUAUCGAGUUACGGGCGGAUCCUGGCAAGAAGGCGUCGCUGGGAGUUAUUGUCGACGCCAAAGCCCACUACGCGACGGCCUUUUUUUGCCACAAAAAUGUUAGGGUCGCGUGCCCGCAAAACGGCGGCGUGCGACAACUACCGCCGGGCACGGACGUCUUUGGGAGGGCGCGGUCGCUCCCGCCGCCGUCAUCACGGAAAAAACAGUUGCCUCUCGAUUUGCCGCCGGGCUCGCCGGCUGCGUCGCACGCCGACCUGCUGGCGCGGAUCCGCGAGUCGACGACGCGGCUCGCGGGGCUGACGGCGGGGCUGGACGACUAAUGGACCUUUUGUGUUU